AUGUCAGCUGAAGAUGUUGCAGAAAAAUUCCCUGAAAAAGUAACUAUUGGAGCAUCUGGUUUCACACCAGCUGGUUAUCCUAAAGUAAUACCCGGUGCUUUUGCUCAAAGAAUUAAAAAUUCGAAAAAUCCUGAAAAUUUUUCAAUUAAUUUAUAUACAGGUGCAUCAACUGGUGAUGAACUUGAUGGAGUUUUAGCACGUAGUGGAAGAUUAAAAUUAAAAAUUCCUUAUCAAUCACAUAAAGAUCUAAGAAAAUUAAUUAAUCAAGGAAAAGUUAAUUUUAUUGAUAUGCAUUUAAGUCAUGUUAGUAAAUAUAUAAGAGAAGGAAUUUUUCCACCAAUUGAUGUUGCUAUUGUUGAAGCUUGUGAUGUUACAUCAGAUGGAAGAAUUUAUUUAACUAAUUCAAGUGGAAUGAGUGGAACUUAUUUACCUUUAGCUAAAGAUAUUUAUAUUGAAUUAAAUGAAGCACAUCC